UUUUCAUGCUACAAUACAAUAUUCUUUCCAGGGAUACGUAUGCCAAAUGUUACAUUAUUUGUAUGGCUAUCAAGUUCUAGGAUUAGAAAGAGAUAAAAAGAAUAUUAGCAAAGCUUUUACUAGACAGAAAAAACUGUAUCCCGAUUCUUUGACUAAAGUUAAAUACAUGCAUUGCGACGUAACGUGUGAUUCGGCCAAUAUAAUAGAAUCUAUUCUGCAGCAAGAAUUUCUUGACAUUACAGACGUAUGUUUAAUCGGUCUGCAUGCCUGUGGAGACCUCAGUACAAGCGCAUCAAGAAUCUUCUGCAAAAUGAAAUCUGCUAAACUUUUCAUUCUGAUUUCUUGUUGUUAUCACAAACUUUCGAUUUCCAAAAGUGUGCAGGAAAAACAAUACUUUCAAAAUUUUCCUACAUCUAAUUGUUUACGAGAAACAAUCGCAGCGUAUAAUUUUGACGUAGGACAGUUCUUAAGAAUACCCUUUUUGCGAUUAGCGUGUCAAGAAUCGGCAGACAAAUGGCACGGAAUGUCACAAGAGAAGCACAAGGAACAUUCGUUUUACGUUCUUGCUAGAGCUGUCCUCGAAUUAUAUUCACAACAAAAUAAUUACGUUCUCAAUAAGAAAGUUCGGAAAGGCACAAGAAAAUCGCAAUGUUCAAAUUUUCAAACUUACGUCAAAGAUUCGUUAUUAAGAUAUGAUUUAGUAUCAGACACGGACAAAAAAGAUAAUGUAAUUACACAUGAAGAAAUGGAGAAAGGCAUAACGCGAUUAUGGGAAGAACAGAGUACAAAAUUGAAAACUGUAGAAAUCUAUACUGGAUUACAAAUGAUGUUACAACUUCCGGCAGAGUCAUUUAUUCUACAGGACCGAUUAUGCUGGUUGCACGAACAAGAUUUGGAGGCUGUUAUUGUGCCUGUGAUGAACAAAUGUAUUUCUCCUCGGUCAUACGCGAUCGUGUCUAAUAAAUACUGA